AUGACUUUCCAAGGCGGCAGGGAUAUUGCAACAACUUCGUUCGUUGAGGAUGCCUACGACGAUCUACGAUUCUUUAUUGAAGAUUGCGAUUCCUUUGGAGGCCUAGUCGUAACUACAAAUGCGGAUGACGCCUACGCUGGCAUCGCAUCUGAGUACAUGUCGUUCUUGCAAGAUGAGCUUGGAUCAUCAUCCCCUUUGUUGGUCUUCAGCGUCCACGACAUCAACCGCGUAUGCACAACUUCAGCGGCCUCCUAUUUCAACAGGAAUUUUUACCACAAGCGGGAGGCUUUGUGGGCCCAGAAUGAGGCAAAGCUCAUUGGAAGUUGCAUAGAGUUGUCUGCAGAAUAUGUUCCGUUGUCUUCAUGUCCAAUUUCGCAGAUAUCGUCAAUAUAUGCUACAGUCGGAAAUCUUUUCCAUUCCUCGUCCAUUCUCGGCUUGGCGAUGGAUGUUUCGUUGAUGUCGAUACAACAGAAUUUAUCGCUUGCUGGACUGCUAAGCGCCUUACGACCGGCCCCGUUUGCGUCCGUGGCAAGUCUUGCGAGUAUCUUUCCGAAUUCAAUGACGCAUCUGGAGUAUGGCUUGGGAAUGGUUAGAACACGAGGAGUAGUAAAUUUCUCGAGUAUCUGGAGCAUGAGUCCUGCUGGACAUAUGCCAAAGUCUUCGAUGUUUUCAGGGAUAAGUCGAUCAAGUUUUAAUGAGGUGGUUGCUGCAUGUGGACUCGGUUACCCCUUACCAGUAUUCUCAAAUAUUGUCCAGCCCGUAACCAUACCAGUACCACACCCAAAGAUUUUUGAUUCCUCUCUGGAACGAAACAGAAGCACGUCGGGGAAAGCCAUUGCAAAGGAAAAGACGCAAGGCCCUUCUGAAGUAGAACAAGUUGCCGUAGUGGCUGGAUUAGCAACGAACAAGGACGACGCCUGCCCAGGACUUGCAUCUCUGGGAGACUCCCUGUGCCCUGGUAACCGCUCCAGUAGAGCUCAGUCUGCGGCUCGCUCGCUCGGAGUGGAAGACGACGAUUUGCGGGAAACUGCGGAAGUAUUGAGAAGCCGUGCUGACGACUAUGCUACGCUUUAG